AUGAAGUCCGUGAAAGGAGAUAGCCUAAUUCCGACUCUGUGGGACCCGAUUUCGUUAGUCACGGCGUCGAGUAUUUCGAGCGCAAACCGGCAACGGUUCUCGAGCGAUCCUCCGUAUUGGUCCGUACGUAUCAGAAACUCCAGUGGCUUCAGUCAACAUAAAACCACCUUUUGUUGCUCUUUGGCUGUAAUACAAUACAGCAUGUGGCUGAGGGACAUUGCCAUAGGAUCUCUGCCUAAAUUCAUCACCAUAAACGAAAAUUCUCCCCGUAGGUUACACAUAACCAAAACAAAAAAUGCAAAACAAACCUCCAUCCCUUCACUUGAAGCACUUCGCAUCCAACAAGGCCUCUCCCUCAAAGGGCUCGGCAUCUUCAAUCAUCUGGUUCACACGCUCCUUUUGGGCCUCGUCAUUGAUGUCCACCUUGGCCCAAUCAUAGAGCUCCAUGUCGUAACACUCGUCCACAACAAACUGGGGAAUCUCAGUGCCACGGAAGAGCCACAGCCCUUUGACCUUGUAAGGAGCCUCCGAGCCAAUGAUGAGCAUUUUCCCGAAAGCGUACUUGCGAGCGAGGUCCAUCCUCUGCAAGAAGCCGCUCACCUUAUUUAA